GCUAAAUAAAAAAGUUAUGUAUUCUUAUCUGUGGUGUAGUGUUGCAAAUGAAAUGCAAUGCAUGUUGCGUUAUUUUUUUUAUUAAUUUUAUUUAUUUUUCAAUAACAUGCAUACAAAUAAGUUAAACAAUGUUUUGUAUUAAACAAGAAUAUGUGAAGUGUAAUUAAAUUUAUUGUCAAAGUGGGUUUAAGCUUAACUCCAAUUAGAACAAAAUGGAAGAAGAGAUAAGAUGUUUUGUUUGUAAAGAAUUCUACAGGGAACCAGUCUUAUUACCUUGCGGGCAUGCACUUUGUAGAGUUUGUGCGGUAAAUUUACAAACCCACAUUCAUGAAGGAGAUAAUCCAGCAGCCUCUAACGAUUAUCAAGAAGCGGACAAAGCCUCGGUGUCUAGCGAAACUGACAGUGGAGUUGUAUGUGGAUCAAGGCCUAAUAGUUACGCAGGAACUCCGGCUGCGCCCGCGUAUUCGAGCGCAGCGUUUACAAUAACAUGCCCAUCCUGCAGUAAGUUAGUUUACCUAGACGAUAAUGGGGCUGAGGGUCUUCCACCGUUUCGCGUUAUGCGAACUAUUGUUGAGCGGUUCGGGGGUGUCACGGGAGCGCCGCCGGCUGAGGAGGCAUGUCAGAUGUGCGAGGGUGAGAGGCGUGCGGCCGUGGUGCGGUGCGAGCAAUGCUCGGUGCGGUACUGCGCCGGCUGCCGCGACGCCUGGCACCCCACUCGCGGCCCACUGGCGCAGCACGAGCUGCGGCCGCUGGGCACCACAUGCGCUGAUCACGGCUCGCCCCCCGUCCUCUACUGCAACACUUGCCUGGUACCCAUCUGUCAGCGCUGCCUAGCUGAGAGGCACUCCACCCAUGAAACACAAGCAUUGUCAAUUGCUGCCAGAGCUCAUAAGACUGAAUUAUCACAAUCACUGCAACAUCUAUCUGAACAAGCCAAAGCCAUGACAGAGUAUAUACAAAUAGUUAAAGGAACAGGUGAUAAAAUUAAUGAAUCAUGCGAAGAGUUAGAGAAACAAAUAGAUCAAACUUGUGCUGAAGUAACCCGUGCCAUAGAGAGGAGACGAGAUGAGUUGAUCCGAGCAGCUCGUAACACAAGGUCUCAAGCCAUAACCAACAUGCGCUCACUUACAUCACAUGCAGCCCAGAAACUGAGAGAAGCAACAGCCCUGCUACACUUCUCUAUUGAAGCUUUAAAAGAAUCUGAUCAUGCAGCUUUUCUACAGGUGGGCAGCAUACUGACGGCGCGUGCUCAAGAAACUGCGUCCAACCUAUGUUCGUCGCUGGACUCCCCGCCCGCGGCGCCCGCGCUCACGCUCGACGUCGAGCCAGUGUUACGUACCGUCCGCAGUAUGAACUUCGUGGAAUGCAUACCUGCUGAAUGUCUUAUGGCGACAUCAGCGCCGGGUGCGCCGGAGAUGGCGGUGGAGGCGUGCGCGGCGCGCGGCUGCUCGUGCACGCUGGCGUGGCGCGCGCCCGCGCAGCCGCACGCCGUGCGCGGGUACGUGCUCGAGCUCGACGACGGACUCGGCGGACCAUUCCGGGAAGUGUAUUGCGGCCGGGAGACGGUUUGUACAAUAGACGGGCUGCACUAUGCGUCGCUAUACAGCGCUCGAGUGAAGGCUUUCAAUGGCGCCGGCGAGGGACCCUACAGUGAAGUCAUUGGACUACAAACUUCUCCAGUGGCAUGGUUCACAUGGGACGCUCGUUGCGCGGACGCGGAGGGCGGCGUGACGCUCGGCGCGGGAGGCCUGAGUGCGGCGGCGACGGGUUGGCAGCCGCGAGUCGCUCUCGCAGACCAGCCCCUGGCCCGCGGCCUGCACUACUGGCGUCUUCGCAUCGACCGCUAUGAUGGUGAUGCUGAUCCUGCUUUUGGAAUUGCGAGGGCUGAUGUUGCUAGGGAUAAGAUGCUCGGCAGUGACGCGCUGGGCUGGGCGAUGUACAUCGACGGGGCGCGGUCGUGGUUCGUGCACGGCGGCGCGCACGGCGGGCGCGCGGCGGGCGGCAUCGCGCGCGGCGCCAGCGUCGGCGUGCUGCUCGACCUCGCGCGCGGCACGCUGCGCUUCACCGUCGACGACCGUCCGCAGGGUGAUAUAGCUUUCACGGGGCUUCGCGGCGCGUUCUACCCGGCAGUGUCGUUGAAUCGCGGCGUCGCCGUGACACUUCAGCCCGGACUCACGCCGCCUCCAGAACUGCUGAUGUCGCAGCUCGCCAUCGAAUGAGCGACACCAGUCACGAGCCGGAUCCUCCCAUCACCCGAACCCGAGGUUAUCCGAUGUUUGCCGAAGUGCUCUAAAAUAUACAUACAACCCGUGCCGAUAAAGAAUGGGAUUAGAAAUGGCGGCUCAUUGAGCUGGGAGCGUCAGCAUAAAAAUACAAUAACAAUAAAAACUAAUAACUGAAUAACGUUAAAAAUAUCGUUACCGUUAAAAGUGUUUCGUUAUUUCAUGAAUUAAAAUAAAGCUUAUGUUAGUUAAAUUUGUGAUCGUUUUGAGACUACAUUACGUAGGUACACACAUUGUCAACAAAACCAUUACCUGAAUCGCGGAGAGGGUAAGGUUGGAUAUAAACUAUUUUCGCUUCAUAACUUUAAAUAAUCUCAAAUAUCCAUACUAAUAUUAUAAAUGUGUAAGUAACUCUGUCUCUCUGUCUGUCUUUCACGCUAAACCACUGAACCGAUUUUUAUGAAAUUUGGUAUGGAGAAUAUGGAGAUAGCUUGAAUCCCAAGGCCUUCCUUGGGCUUAGGCUAAUUUACUACUACAUAUGCUACUUUUUAUUCGACUUCGACUUUCUACGCAUUCGCAACAUUCACGUGGGCAAAGGCUAGUUUUGAAAUAAAAGGAUGUAAUAAAUAUAAUUUAGUUUAUUUCCAGUAAAAUUUCACAUCAUGCUGGUGCCGGCAAUUACCGUAUCAAUAUCACUAAAGGGGGGGAACGCAUAAUCAAAGUCGUUAUUUUUUUGUCAGUCGGUACCAAAGAGUGUGAGUAUAGACGGAAAUAAUGUGCGAGCGAGAAGUGAAUAGAUGCGCCGCCAUUUCUAAUCCCAUUCUUUAUCGGCACGGGUAGUACGUAAAGAGCCACCGAGUGACAACGACACAAGUAAAAGAAGUUCUUAUUCUUUCUUCUUCUCAUUCUUGGAAUGUCUUAAAAUGACAUCAAAUUAGCAGCUCUGUAACGAAUAGGCAAGUCGGUGGCUCUCUAAGAUAAUACAAAUAAUAUUGGACAAUAUGAACUAAGUCCGUUUCCUCGUACAAUUAGACUUAUAUACCGCCCGAGGCGACUACGUAACAUGUUUGUUUGGUAGGAUAUAUAAAUAACUAAACCCAGUUGUACUUACUGUUAUCGACAGAUUAGCGCCGCCUUUAUUUAUUAGUCCGCAGUGGUGACUUCCUUUGUGAUCAGCAAGUACAGUUUAUAACGUCGACGAACUUAAUUUACGCACAUUAUUUUUAUAACAUAGAUAAUUAUCUAAUUUAACUUAAUUUUUUUACACAGUAUAUUGUUUGUGCCGUUUUGGUUUACGAAACUAUGUAACUCGCCUAUUUACAAUACGCAAUAGAAUAACGAAUUUACAUUUAUUGUCAUUAUAUAAAUAUUUUAUAAUGGCCCCCAUAGAAGUAAGAGGCGUUUAAAACUAACAUAAUAUAUUUUAAUGUCUUUAGAUAGGUAUAGAAAUUGGAUUGUGUGAGAUUUUGCUUUCUUGAUUGCCUUUUCUCGAAACUGAAUGCCAUAUAACGCUAAGAUUGUGUCCAUAAAUGAAGUAUGUGUGUAAAAUACUUCAUAAUAAGAAAAUAAUUAACUUGUACUUAUUAACCACAAUUUGAUCUCUUGAAUAUGAACCUUUUAUUAGUCAUGAACUAUGAACAAAUUAAUGUGUAACAUAAUUACAAAAACAUGCGCAAAACAUGACAUUGCAGUUAGGUAUGAAUAUUCCCUAUUUAUAAGUUUAAAAGUUUUUGUGUUCUUAUUUUAUUUAAUGUCUGAUUAACAAAGUUAUACAUUUAUGUAAGAUCAGGGGACCUGAAGUGUAACUAAUAUUCCAUUACCCACCAGAAUUGUCCGUCAACCGAUAAUAUUUGCUAUUUGUUAGGCAGCUUUAUUUGUAUUUGAUUUACCUAGAUUACUUUUACUGUGAAAACAAUAUUUCACUUUAAUUUAGCAAAUUCGUCAGUGUCACUGUCAUGGUCUGCGGUUGGUAGGCAGUAGCAGUAGUAAGAUGUUAUUAAUCCACUUAAAAAAUACCAAUAAUUAUAUUCAAUCGAUAUGUGCCAUAAAAAUGUAUUUACAUACAUUUUCAAACUCGCGGAAUCUGUCAAAAGCGCCGAACGCAGUGAACGCUAUCUCUGUGGAAUAGACGUCGUUUGUGUUAUGAUGAAAAACGCUGAUCAUUUCGGUCGAAGGUCGAAUGAUCACAAGGAAGAUCAAUGUCUCGACAUCAGAGUCUCAGAAGGCAGGUUUGGAUUUGGAAUUGAAUUUGGAUGCACAGGUAACAAUCUGUCCGGUCGUUAUGAACGGUCUCCCGCCAACUCGCGUAGACCAUGGGAAUGUCACUAAUGAAUUUGCCAAUAAACUAUGUGUUCAAAAUUGUACUAUUAUUAUUUCUUCGUUUUUAAUGUAAAUAAAUAGGUAUAAAUAUUAUAUUAUUAAAUUAUUUGCAGAACGUCAGGUAGCCAUUCUGAUAUACUAACGCGCUCUGUCUUUAAAUUGACAUAGGACACAUAAGCCGCAGAUGAAAAACACCCUAUCGCUUUAUGUUUAGUAUAAAGAGGAAGAACAGCGAUAACAUGUAUAAGAUAAUGGCUAAUUAGGUUUCAUUUUUUCUGAAAAUAUUACGGUAAAAACUGAAAUACACAACGGCUAUCCCAGUUAAAUACAGUAUUUAAUUAAACUUAACACUGCCCAGAGUUAUAUUUUUUAUUUGGUUUUUGUUUGGCUGCUAAGCGCUUGGUAGUGUCCUUAUUUUUAAUUUUAUCUAUUUAACUUUACAUCUUAGAUGCAAAUAAAUAUUUCAACUUGUAUGAAAAAUAUAUAUUUAUUCGAAGUUCGAUUGCAAAGCACGGGCGUCUACGAGAAACAACAUAUCUAAUAGAACGUGUAAUAUAUUUAAUUUCCACACAUUCAGUUUGUAUCAUACGAAUAUUAACAGGUUAAAAUAUCAAUUUACGACGUAAAUAAUCAUAGAAUAAUAAAACGGUUAUUGAAAUGAAACUGCUGAUUUAAUUACAUGAACUGUAUAAUGUACUUAAUUAUGACUGAUUUUCAUUAAAUACUUUUAUUACACAUC